AUGAAGCACAUGGUGGCGGCCCGCGAGGAUGAGCUCGAUCCGGCGAGGACCAGCCCAGACAGCAAGCCCGCCAUGCCUACCGCUGGGGGUUCGCCGCCUGCCGACAGCAAGCCCGCCGGGUUCUCCGACCACGCCGACGGCCGCUCCUCCCAGCCCCAGUUUACUUCUGCUAGUUUCAAGGGAUUCUGGAAAUUGGUGCAAUAUUUUGACCAAGCACCACCUCCACAACAGGCACUUCCUAUUGUUGCUGCUGGUGCCAUCCCUGGUCAGCUUCCUGGUGUCACUGCUCCUAUUACCGGGGUUGGGGUGCUUCCAAACUUGUAUAAUUUGGCUGCUGGACAGUUCAACCCCCUUGUUAUUCAGCCACAAGCCAUGACACAACAGGCUACGCGACAUGCUCGGCGUGUCUAUGUGGGUGGACUUCCUCCAACUGCUAAUGAGCAGACCGUUGCCAUAUUCUUCAAUGGAGUUAUGGCUGCUAUUGGAGGAAACACAGCUGGUCCAGGUGAUGCUGUUCUUAAUGUCUACAUAAACCAUGACAAGAAAUUUGCUUUUGUGGAGAUGAGAUCUGUGGAGGAAGCAAGCAAUGCAAUGGCCUUAGAUGGCAUAAUGUUUGAGGGAGCACCCGUCAAGGUUAGAAGGCCAACGGACUACAAUCCUUCCCUAGCAGCUGCUCUGGGUCCGAGCCAGCCAAAUCCGAAUCUCAAUCUUGCUGCUGUUGGCUUAACACCUGGCUCUGCUGGAGGAUUGGAAGGCCCAGACCGGAUCUUUGUAGGUGGUCUACCAUAUUACUUCACUGAGGCCCAAGUGUGGGAGUUGCUCGAGUCCUUUGGACCUCUGCGUGGAUUUGAUCUUGUGAAGGAUAGAGAAACUGAAACUCGUAUACCAAGUUGGAGGUGCCCUGCCAACAAAAGUUGUAUGCCUGACACAGGUAUAGUGACAGCAGAUGAACUGAGAGAUGAUGAGGAAUAUGAUGACAUUGUUGACGGGUAA